AUGACCAAGGCUGAUACGCGCGCGCUGCAGAAUGAGAUAUGCAUACUGAGGCAGCUUGUUGCGGAGAGGGAGCUGCCGGCUCAAACUCAAAGCCAGUUAGGUCUGGGGGUUGCGGUUCAGACACCGGCCUCUGGGGGUGAUUUAUUGGAAUCGUCAGAUUCUGGAGUUACAGCUCUGCGGCAGGGGUCAAAUGGGCUACCGGUUAGCCAUCAUCGCAGGGCGAGUUAUGAUACAGCACGGGGGACCGGAUACGGCUCCUCUCCUCAGGAUGUAUACAUCGCAGGCACAGUCACCGAGGACGGCGCAGUACAGGCAUACGGAGUGACGAGCACACUCCAUGAACCGGCGACUGUGAUGCCACAGGGAACUCACUGGAGUCCAACAGCCAUGGAAGACGAGGAGGAAAAGAGAGCACGCACCCAGGUAGUCCGGGACCAAUUAAUAGCAAACGCGGCCAUCCAAAGACAAAAAGAGACAUCGCUGGAUCUGACACCCCAGGUAAAGCAGAGGGUUGAUUUAGACGGACUCGAGCCGCAGAUGGCAUUCCACUUGUUAAAUCUGCACUGGAAUAGACAGCACUACUCAUAUCUACUGACGUAUCGGCCUGCGAUUAUGGAGAGUAUUAUCGAUGGCGGUCCGUAUGUGAAUAAGCUUCUACUGAAUGCGAUUUACUAUUCGACAUCGCUCUAUUGUGACGGUGUUGAUUUGCGUGUGGAUUGUGACGAUAUGAAUAGCCGGGGCGGACGGUUCUAUCAACGGUUUAAGGGAUUGCUGGUUCAGGAGAUUGACCAGCCGAGUCUUCCAACUGCAGUCGCUUUAUUAUUAUGCGGUGCCAGUUUGGUAUCCCAUGGUAAGCAGAGUGCUGGGUGGGUGUUAUCUGGCACUGCAUAUCGGAUGAUCAUCGACCUUGGGUGUCAUCUCAGCAUAGACGAGGCACAUCGCCAUUCCAGCGGAGGUAGCGAUAUGGCACCCUCACGCAUUACGGCGAUUGAGUUCGAGAUGCGAAAGAGAGUAUACUGGGGAGCAUUCAUGACCGAUAAAUUCCAGUCGCUGUAUCUCGGCCGAGCUCCUGCGCUACGAUCGACGGAUGUCCAACCGCCAACGGAGUUACUGGAUUCGUAUGAAGAGAUGGAGUUGUGGGAGCCGUAUAGAGGGCUUGACGAUUCAUCUGGAGACCAGGCCGUGUAUCAGCCGCGGCUGUCGUACGCCAUCAGCACGUUCGCGUCCCUUCUUCGACUGGCAGAGAUUGCCAACCAGAUUAUAGAGGCGUUCUAUUCAAAGGACAGCAUGCAUACUGCCACGGACGAACUACGUGAGAUGAAGACCACUAUUAAUACACAGCUGGACGAUUGGGAACGCAGUUUACCCUCUCAUCUACACUUUGACCCUGGCACAGAUCCGACUCCCCCAGCCCAUCAGAUUACACCGCACACAACGUACUGGACCCUCAAAAUCCUCCUGGAACGACCUUUCCUCAACACCGGUCAUCUCAACUUCAUCUUGGAUCCCACAACCCAAUCAAACGGGGAGGAGAAAUGCACCACCGCAGCCGUUAAGAUAUACGGAUUUGUCAAAGCGUACCAUCAGUCAUUCACGCUGCGACGUGCGCCAUACUUGCUAUGCUACGCCAUUUACUCCGCUGUCCUUGUCAUCCUUCGGCAAACAAGGCAAGACCGCGCGCGGUUCUCGGAAUGUAUCCCAUUUUUCUGGUCAGCCCUUAUCGAGCUCCAGCAGGGGUGUAAUGCGGGCCUUAAGAAACCGCUGUCUAUAUUGAAGGCUUUGAUGACGAGGCUCGGAGAGGAUAUCCCGGGCUUAUAUAGGUCGGUGAGGGAGAGGUCUAGGGCUGGCUUGCACGGAGCUGACGGUGCUGACGGAGAGGAAGCGACUGUAGACGAUAUACAUUUCCUGUCGCAGGGCUACGCGGGUGAGACCUUGAAUAGCGAGUUACUGCAAAGUCUCGAUCUGGACUUUAUCAACAGCGAGCAGUGGUUUAAUACUGUGGGGGAUGAGGGGCUGUUGGAUGAUUCCAUGUAUGGGCUAUUCACAUCGUAA